AUGCAAAUUUGGGUGGCAGGGCAGUGCGGAUUGGCAAUUGGCAAGGGAAAUUUGCAGGAAAAAAGCAAUAACGACAAAAGGGGAGAACAACCUAAGCAGACGAGAGGCUUCAUUUUUGGAAAGUUAGACCUGCACCGAGGGAAGAGGAAGCAAAGAAGAGGGUCAAGGGUUUUUGAGAAAAAGAGGUCAAAAAAGGCAGAGACAUCUCUGGAGAUUACCUUCGAUCAUCAUCUGUGCCUUCGUCUUCAAUCACCCACGGUGGCAGUAGCCACCUUUGAUCUUCAGGAACAUAAGAAGUCAUUCAAAUCAACAAUCGUAGGAAGCAAGAAAAACAAGCAAAACAUCAAUUCUCCAAGGUGCUCUUCGAAUAGGCUUUGGGAUGUUCAUUUUGUUUCAUUUCAACCCCAAACUAACCUUCAAGGUUUUUGUGCGCUAGAGUUGGACUUCGUCAGCAGUGGCAUGUGCAAGAAACCAGUAACGGAAAGAGCCAUGAAGAACGGAGCAAAUUAAAGAUUGUGUUCUGUUGUUUUCAGAAAUUAUCAAUGCAGAAGUUGAUCAGACAGCCAAAACGUUAUGUUUGACAGUGGUACGAUGAAGGUGGGAUUUAUAGGGAAAAAGUAGGCAAUAAAAUAAGAAAAUUGUAACAUGCAAUUGGUUGAAGCUUUCAAAACAAUAUAGGGGGCGCCUCUAUAUUUCUAAGGAUGGAUGGUCUAAUUAAG